CCCCAAAAAGAAAAGAAAAAGAAAGACGCCUCGGCCGCCGCCGACACCGAGCCCAAGCCCGUCAACAUGUCGGCCACCGCUGCGCGGCUGCUGCUUCCAAGGGUGGCCAAGACCACAGCCACCGCUCUAGUCCGCGGCCCCCUCGAUUCCUUCUCGAGUCGCUUCCGAACGCUCGGGCCGCCGCUUCUGCGGCCUGGCUCUGUUCUCGCAGAACUCGACGCGCAGGCGCUGGAUACACGCAUCCCCGCCACCGUCAUCACCGGCUUCCUCGGCUCCGGCAAGACAACUCUCCUGAACCACAUUUUGACCUCACAGCAUGGGAAGAGAAUUGCUGCUAUUGAAAAUGAGUUUGGCGAGGUGGAUAUUGAUAGCUCGCUUGUUGCUAGCCACUCAUCUAUUACUGAGGAUAUUGUAAUGGUGAAUAAUGGCUGCUUGUGUUGCACUGUCCGAGGAGAUCUUGUAAAGAUGCUUCUGAAGCUAGUGAAGCAAAAGGGGGACAAGUUUGAUCAUAUUGUUAUUGAAACAACAGGUAAAUCUUAUUGGAAUAAAGUCCUUUGUCCUGUCAUUGAGACAUUCUCUUCAGAUGAGUUGGUCUCUAAGUAUGUGAAACUUGAUGGUGUCGUUACAAUGGUUGACUGCAAGCAUGCCAUGAAGCAUUUGAAUGAAGUGAAAGCCAGGUGGGUUGUAAAUGAGGCAGUAGAACAAGUUGCUUAUGCAGACCGAAUUAUAUUGAACAAGGUUGAUUUGGUUGAUGAUGCAGAAUUGGAGGCAUUGACUAACAAACUCAAGUUCAUAAAUGGGAUGGCACAAAUGAAAACAGCGAAGUUUGGUGAUGUUGACAUGGACUUUGUGCUGGGAAUUGGAGGCUAUGACCUUGACAGGAUUGAGGCGGAAGUCCAAGAUAGCAAGGAGACAUAUCAUUGUCACCAUGGAGAUGAACAUGGGCACCAUCAUGAUCAUGUCCAUGAUUCAGCUGUCACUAGUGUGAGCAUUGUUUCAGAGGGAUUACUUGAUCUCGAUGAGGUUAAUGAUUGGCUGGAGAGACUGGUUGAUGAGAAAGGGGAAGAUCUGUACAGAUUAAAAGGUGUUAUAUCUGUAAAUGAGUCCACUGGACGUUUCAUGUUUCAGGGCGUGCACUGUAUGCUGGAAGGAUGCCCAGCAAAGCCGUGGGAACCUGAUGAGAAGAGAAUCAACAAACUCGUGUUUAUUUGCAGAAAUUUGGACGAAGCUGCACUUCGAAAGGCCUUCAACGGUUGCUUACUCUGAACUUUCUGAUCGUGUUUUAAUCCUGAGAGGUUGAAUUCUGCGAAAGAAAUGCACCACAGGGAGAAACAGGCGGGACUGCAAAUUCCAUUAUUUGACCGCUGCUGUUGCCUCGUGUUCACUUGAGAAACUGAUCACCGUUACUAAUUACCAACAUCCUGGAUAGGACAAUCCUUUUUUGAUGUAUAUGUUUUGUCUGAGUUCAGAAUCAGACUCGUGAUUCGUGAAUUGAGAAACUUCCUUGCAACGUUCUUGAUAUGGAUUA